GGACAUGACGUCAUUUCCGGUCCUGCUAUUAAGUCAAGACGGAACAGUGAGAAGAGGGAUCUAAUCAGUGGAAAUAUGUUUUAGGGAAAUGUAGUCGACCGAAAUUAAGGCCCGUAUUCAAUGUGGUUUUAACCCGUUUCCACCGGAUUUUUCUUUCCAGCACCAUCUUUGGAACAUGUCACGCACAUACAGUAAUGCCAUUCUGCUGCUUCUAUAUAUACAAGUUCAUGCGUCUAGAUUUGCAGUGAUCUGAUUAAUUUCAUUUGUGGUGCAUGCAUGCGGUUACAUGGACAACAUACAGGUAUAAAGGUAUUGUUUUUCAAGAGUUCUUACUAUGGAGCCAGAUAUUAUUCCAAUGUACUCAUCUUCACCCCCACCGUUAGACGAUGGCGCCGAAGACGAGGAUGACGAAUUUGGUGAUUUUGGUGGAUUUUCUGAAGUUAGCACAUCCAGUGCAGUAUUUGGAGACCUCGCUUCAUCUGGAUUUACAAAUUCUACAGAGGAUUUUAUUCCAUCAAAGUCUUUCCUAGCUAUUCAUGACUACUCUAGCAAUGUGCACAGCUUUGCGAGCUUCAGUACUGUUAAAGCUGGUGAAUGUUCUGACUUUUCAGUGCCAGUAUGUGAAAACACAAAUAGCUUUGUAGCUUCGACCAGCACUGAAAUGACAAAAUCUUCCAAGUCUGUCCCUGAAUGCACAACAAAUAAAGAGGACAAACAAAAGGUGGUAGAAGAGAGUGAAAUAAUCACAUCUAAUUGUUUGACUACUAAUAUCAUCAGUCAAACUGAUGUAACUGCUUUAACCCGGGGACAGGAUGUCGGGCUUUGUAGAAGUGAUGAACUUGCUUAUACAGAAGUUGUAACUAAUGGUUUUGCAACAUUUGACUCCAGAGACUCUCAGGGAACUGAAGAUUUGGACAGCACUAGUGAUUCCAAAGCACUGAAGACUGUUAGCACCCUUAGCACAGGGCUAAGUUUAGGCUCUACUCCUAGUCCUGUGGAAGACUUGUCAUCAGAUUUUUCAUCUUUUCAGACAGCAGAGGAGUUAGCUGAUCGCUUUGCAUCAGAUGAACUGGGACAUAAAUUAUGCAAAGGUUUAGAUGAAGGAGCUACAAAAUUACUUGAUAAUAUAACAAACGGUUGUAAUGAUGCAAGCUUUGUAGGGCAUAUAAUCACCAGUACUAGUGAUAAUAAUGAAGGAGUUGUAGAUAAUGCAUUUAAGCAGUGCUGCUCUUUAGAGCAUACAAAAGUAUUAGAUGACUAUAGUGUUAAACAGGAAAAUACAAGAUCAGUUAUCGAUUUUGAAACUUGUAAUUCAGAAUCAGUCCCUUCUGUUUCUUUAGAUUCAUUACCACACACUGCUGCUGAUACAGAGACCAGAGGAGAAGAAUGUGGGCACAAGUGUAGGACACUGCACAUGGAUAUGGUAGAAGUUUCUUCUACUGUGAUGUCUACAAGUCAGGAGGAAGAAAAAAAUAUUGAUAGUGAUGAAAAGGUUGAUGAGUUUUGUGAUUCUGAAAAUGCAGGUAAUGUGUCAUCUUCCAGUGUUUUAGAAGAGAACUGUAAUGUUGGUACUUUGAAUGUCCCACAUUCUUUUCCUGAUGAGGUUCAGGUGCAGGUAAUGUCUGUAGACCCAGCAAAUAUGUCUCCUCGGUUACAUGGACUACCGGAUGAUUAUGGUGACUUUGAGCAUGUGACUACUGUUGGUGAUGAAGAGUUUGCAGAUUUUAAUCAAAGUACCAGUGAGCAGUUGAUUGUAGACAGAACUGAAUCUGUAUUUUCAAAGGUUGGAAUAGUGCCUACAGAGCAGUCUGACAAAUCUGAUGGCGAGUUUGGAGAUUUUAAUUCUGUUCCUGUUGACAAACCUCUUGAUGAUUUUGCUGCUUUUCAGGAAGGAGCAACAUUUGCUGCUUUUAGUUCUGCUGCAGAAGACCACACUACUGAUUGGAAUGCUUUUGGAAAUGAGGAAGGUGAUGACUCAUCUUGGGUGGCUUUUGGUGAUGAGCAUACUGCUGCUGCUCCUGAGGAAGAUGUGGCUUGGCAGCCAACUAGGACCAAAGCUGCUUCUGUUAGUGAUAGCAGCCAGGUCAGCAGGGCAGAGACAGCUGCACUUACACCACAUCAAGAUCCAUCAAGUCUUCAGUGUGACCAGAAGCCACAACCAGCAGCACAGGUGUCAUUACUAAGCCGUAUAGAGCGUGUACUCCAGCUCUGCUUUCCCCUUAUUCCUUACCGGGAGUCUGAAGAAGAGAUUACUUCAUUGAAGCAGCUGUUGCACUUGGGGGAGAAAACAAAGGAGGAGGAGAAUUUACGAAAUAAUGGGGUGGUUUUGGAUUUGUGGAUGGAGCUGCAGGAUAUCCAUGAAGCCUAUGGCUUGAGAUACCAAUGGGGUGGUUCCAGCAGUAACAAGAAGCUAUUGUGUUCUCUGGGAAUUGACACAAGGAAUAUUUUAUUUACAGGCAAUAAGAAGCAGCCUGUUAUUGUACCCAUGUAUGCAGCAGGACUGGGAAUGCUGGAGCCCACGAAGGAACCAAUGAAGCCAAUCUCUGCUGCUGAAAAGAUAGCUUCACUAGGACAAGUGCUACCUGCAUCACCAGAGAUGAAUAAUUGCACUGCAGAGCAAAUCCAGGAAUCUCUACCGCCUGUCCAGUUCGACUGGAGUAGCAGUGGCCUUACUAACCCUCUUGAUGCUAGUGGAGGUUCCACUCUUCUGAACCUCGAUUUCUUUGGGCCCGUGGAAGACAGUAGUAAUAGCACCGCUACCACAAUCCCAGCAGGGGUGGACCCAGAGCUGUAUGAACUGACCACAGCUAAACUAGAAACUGCCAGCACAACAAAUCGUGUAACAGAUGCAUUUGCACGGCUCAUGUCCACCGUGGAGAAGGCAAGCACAUCAGCCAGGAAGUUGAAGAAGGAAGAGAAUCUCGGUGAAGAAGCUGCUAAGGUGAUUGCCAGCCUACCUGACUUGUCUUUCAUGCAUGCAAAGGUUUUGAUGUUCCCAGCUACACUAACACCUUCCGCAAGUUGUCACAAAUCAGACUAAAAGAAUUUACACCAAUUGUAGAGAUUUUUUAUUGGUUUUAUUGAAAAAUAAAAUAAAAUACAAAAAAAAACAGUUUCCAUGAAUUAAAAUCAUUUUGUUCAGAUGAUUUGUUGGUAAGCAGCUCUUGAAAGGUAUACAUGAAAAACUAAAAUAAAAUUGUAUAUUUAUUUAUAUACCGACAUUCUAAAUGUAUGUUUAUAUUAGAAGAAUCAAUCUGUAAAUAAUUUGGGUGAACAUUUUUGAAGAUUUUUUUUUCUUUUCUUGCUGUGCUGGGAAGUUAAAUAUUUCUGUGUUUGAGCUACACUGGUGGCAUCCUUAAGACUUUAAAAUGAAAGAUUAAGCCUCACUGCCUGUAAAAUCCCUCUGUUACCUGUCAAGGACAAUGCCUUGUUUAUUUUGUUUCCUAUAGAGUUAAUAUAAUUCUUUUUCGUGGUUUUUAAGCCACGUAAAUCAUUGUCUUGUUUCUUUGUUGUUUCUGUGCAUUUUUGUCUGUAUUUUUAAACAUAUUAAGUUGGACAAUGUGUGCCUCAAUCUGCUUCGGUUUUUGGUCAGUCUACCUGUAUUAUUAUGGUAGAGUUAUUGAAGGUACAUCUGUAUUGAUACCCGUUUAAUUCCAAUGAUUUAAACCACUACUGUAUACAAUUUAAGAAAAGCACUGGUCAUGUGUUUCUUACUAAUCAGAAUUGAGUUGGUAAUGAGGGACCAAGUACAAUGUCAUGUGGCUAAAUUAAUAUGUUUUAGUUUUUGUUUUCUCUGCCAUUGUUAUGUGUUAAAAAUAUUUUGCACAGCAUAAAGUGAAGGUGACUAUAUUCAUAGUUUACUGCAAGAUAGGAUGUAUGUACAGUAAAAAAAAAACAUGGGUUGUAAAUGCUUGUGGAAAUUCCUAUGGAAAAGAAUGAUAUUUUAAAGAAUCUGUAAAAAGAAAAGUUGAAAUGCAUGUCCAGGUUCCAUCUGAGAAUUAGUGUAUAAAUUUACUUUUAGUGUACACAGAAAUAAAAGAGAUAAUUUAAGAGAAAAUUUUA